AGCGCGAGGCCCGUGGGAAGCUGUGAUGCCGCGAACGCGCCACACACAGAGCGAGGAAGGGAGAUAGAGCCGUGAUACAGAGAAGGCGAACGCGUCCUAAUCAUUGGGUGGAGGUCUGGGCGCAGAGCUGGGGAAGCUGAUGAGCUCCAGGCCAAUUGGUUGCCUGCCUUCCACCGUUAUCUGCUCGCUCCCUGUCUCCGCGUCUCUCCUCUUCCUCCGUCUUCCCCACACUCGUGAAGAAUGAUUAACAUACGGGAGGCGAGAGGAACUUUCCAACGCAGUGAACGGGAGAACAAGCGCGCAAAAAGGAAGGACGCUGGGAAAAUACGAUCGGCAGCGAGCGGAAAGUUUGAGCGAAGACCACGUUUUCCAGACUGAAAAUGAAAUUGGAGGAGGUGUAGUGACCUCUUAUCAGUCGUCUAACAUAGAGGGCCGUGGGGCAAACGGAGGUCUGAACCAAAGAGCAAUUAAACCGGCAAUUACAUCAGAUGGAGGUGGAUGUAGCAGAUGAGAAGCGCCAUUGCACACGCUCAAAAGUUCCCCUGGAGCCAGCCAUACAAGAGUUGUUCAGUGUGUAUGGCUGUCCCGUCGCCAAGAAGAGAAAACCUCUGGAGAGUCAUGCCCUGGAGCCCUCGCCCAAGAGGAAGGUCUUUCUAACGGUCGUAGAGAAGCCGUCGAUGGAGAUAUGCUACAAAACGCACAAAAUACAGGAGGAGAUGGAUGAAAAAGAGGAGGAGGAGGAAGAGGAGGAGGUGGAGGAGGAGGAGGAUGAAGAAGAAGAUGACGAUGAGGAAAAGGAAGAUGAAGAGGAACCGGAGGAGGAAUACACUGACAACGAGGACCAAUAUGAACAGGAAGAGGUGGAAGUGAUUAAUGGAGAAGAGGAAGAGGUGGAGCAGGAAGAGGAGGAAGUGGUGGAGGAGGAGGAAGAGGAAGAAGAUGUAGAAAGAGAGGGGGAGGAUGAUGAAGAGGAGGAUGAGGUGGAGGAAGAUGAGCAAGAGGAUGAGGAACAAAUUCAAGAAAUAGAGAGUGACCAUACGAAUUGCAGUCCCAGCAGAACAAGCCCUUCCAUGGAGAAGGACAACAACAACAACGAUGAGUACGACAACUACGACGAACUGGUGGCUAAAUCCUUGCUUAACCUGGGCAAGAUCGCAGAGGACGCCGCUUACCGGGCCAUGACCGAGUCCGAGAUGAACAGCAACUCCUCAAACAGUGCGGAAGAGGAGGAAGAGGAGGAGGACGAGGACGAAGAAGACGAGGACGAAGAUGAAGAAGAUGAGGAUGAGGAGGGCUCAAGGAAAGGUGAGCUGAGUCUAGAUGUGAACAGUGAUGUGGUAAGAGAGACUGUGGACUCUUUAAAGCUCCUGGCGCAGGGUCACGGAGUCACGCUCUCAGAAAACCUCCACGGAAAGCCGUUUCAUGAUGACGGGAGCGAGAACACGGACUGCGAUCUGAACGGAAACGGAUCCAUGGGUAAUGGACUCAGCAGUAACUGUGGUAAACCCACCGCUAAUGGUCAGAUGGCAGAGAAAAGUGACGAGGAAGUUUGUCUGAGCAGUUUGGAGUGUCUUCGCAACCAGUGCUUUGACUUGGCACGCAAGCUAAGCGAGACCAAACCAGCCGAGCGGCUCAUCAGUAACCAGCAGGAGAUUCAUCAGCUUUAUCAAGAGGCCCAGCAGCAGCAGCAGCAGCAGCAGCAUCAGAGUCCUGAGGAGUCCCGCAUCCUCGAGAGGAACUACUCUGACAUGGUCAACCUGAUGAAGCUUGAGGAGCAGCUCAGCCCACGCUCCAAGACUUUCUCCAGCUGCGCCGCAGAGCACAAGGGCUUCCAGGACUGCGAUGAAGACACCACCUCCGUCACGUCGGACCGCUCAGAGGACGUUUUCGACAUGACCAAAGGCAACCUGUCGCUGCUGGAGAAGGCCAUAGCGCUGGAAACGGAGCGGACCAAAGCUUUGCGGGAAAAAAUGGCUUCAGAAGCAGUCAGGAGAGAUAGACUGCACUUGCAUGAGGAUGGUUUGAGGCACAGCUAUGCGGAGGAGCGGAAGGCACGUCUGCACCACGAUGGCCUAAAGAAGCCCUACUACCUUAAAGAGUCUUCACGGUCGGGAAAAAGAGACCGGUGUCCAACACCUGGGUGUGGCACAGGUCAUGUGACGGGUUUGUACCCGCACCAUCGCAGCCUGUCUGGAUGCCCUCAUAAAGACAGAGUCCCGCCAGAAAUUCUUGCAAUGUAUGAAAAUGUUCUUAAGUGCCCUACGCCUGGCUGCACGGGCCGGGGUCACGUCAACAGCAACAGGAACUCUCACAGGAGCCUGUCAGGCUGUCCGAUAGCGGCAGCAGAGAAACUGGCAAAAGCCCAUGAGAAACAUCAGUCAUGUGAUGGAGGCAAAUCCAACCAGGGUUCAGAUCGUGUGCUCAGGCCCAUGUGCUUCGUCAAACAGCUGGAGAUCCCACAGUACGGCUAUAAAAACAACGUGCCCACUUCAACCCCACGAUCCAACCUGGCCAAAGAGUUAGAGAAGUACUCCAAAACCAGCUUCGACUACAACAGCUAUGACAGCACCAACGUCUACAGCAAACGGCACGCUGCUGCACCCAAACUCCACAGUCGAGACUCACUGCCCAAAACUGACGACGUGAAGCGCUACUGCAAGAGCUCCAGUUCGGCGAGCAGCACCACCAGCAGCUACGGGCCCAGCAGCAGCAGCCUGAGCUGUGGAGGAGGAGGAGGAGCGCGAGGAGGAGAGAGCAGCGCCAGCAGCACCUGCAGCAAGAGCAGCUUCGACUACACGCACGACAUGGAGGCGGCGCACAUGGCUGCUACCGCCAUCCUCAACCUCUCCACCCGCUGCAGGGAGAUGCCCCAGAGCCUGAGCGGGAAACCCCUGGAGAUCUGCACGCAGUCUGAUGAUCUGGAUCCCUUCAGGACAUUCUCGAGGACAGCGCAUACACUACCGAUGUCGGCAUUCCCAGUCCCAAACCCAAAUUUCCUCCUUGCAAAGAAAGCAAAAGGACCUGAUAACAUGUCCAACACCAGGGAGUGUGAUAGGAGUGGUCACGUAGUAACGGUGCAUACGCCUCGCAUAGAAGGUGCCCGACCCCGGGCUGUGACGGCUCGGGGACAUAUCACUAACAACUUCGCUUCACACAGAAGUUUGUCAGGAUGUCCACGGGCUCGGAAAACUGGAAUAAAGAUAACACACAGUAAAGAGGACAAAAAGGAAGACCAGGAGCCAAUCAGGUGUCAGUCCCAGGAUGGGCGGUCGGGGUCACAUAACGGGCAAAUAUGCGUCCACCGCAGCGCUUCCAGGCUGCCGCUAGCUGCCAAACGACAGAAGGACGCUACAUCAACGGAUCAGUUCGUAGGCGGGAAGACGGACUGA